AUGGAAUAUAAAAUCUUAAAAUUUGAUACCAAUAUUGGUAGGUUAUGGAUUGCAGGUACAUGUGGAGUAAGUAAAAGACCAUUUAGUAAAAGAAUUAUACAAGAUAUAGAAAUAAUGGGAAAUAUAGAGGAACUGGUAACACUAACAAAUAAAAUGAGUUACCCACUAAGAAUUGCAGCAACUCUUUUGAGAGGGCUAAUGUUAAUAUACGACAAGCAAUGGAUGUAUCUUGAAUCUGAUGCAGACUUAUUAUUUGCAAGAUUUAGAGAACAAUUUGUUUCGUAUAAUAAAACUGAUAAACAGAUAACUGCAAUUAAAAGGAGUAAAAGGGGUAUAAUUGAUAUGAUAUCUAUAGAUUCGUCUAUGAUAUCCUCUUUUGAUACGAGUGAUCAUAAUUUUGAGAAUUCAGGAGAUUUAAUGCUCUCAUUGGAUCCAUCAAAUUUAAUGCUUGAUAUAUACAAAAGCUCUAAAAAUAAAAAUAUUCUGGCAAAAAUAGAGGAUAUAACACUACCACAGAUUUAUGAUGAAAAUAAUAACCAAGUAUUAGCUAAUAUGAAAGAUAACAAUAUUUCGAAAUGGAUGACUGGAAAUGACGAUUUCAUUUUUCAUGAAGAUGAAUUACAAACAAAUAUUCUUGAGAAUGUUGAAAAUAAUAAAAAUAAAAUACUUAGUAUAGAGGAUAAAAAACAAACAGAUAUAAAGGUGGUGAGGGAAAAACAGAAGAGGCAACAAUCAACUUCACAAGGGCCAAAUAAGCGUAUUAGAAGUUUAAGUAAUCUAGAUAUUAAUAUAGCAUAUAAAGAUUUAAUUGAACUUGGAAAAAAUCAGAAAUGUAGUGUUUCAAUAAAUCCGAUUUUUCUAAAGGAGUUUAAAGGAUGGGAUAUAAAUCAAUGGUGGCAUAUUGACACCUUUAAGGUUGAAAAAGAGCAUAAUAUGAUGCUUUUUAGUCAUUUAAAUACAAAAAGUACAAGGCAUAGAGUUUCUACUAUUAAUAUGGAUAGUACUACUGAACCUUACUAUCCAACAAUAGAAAAGCACAGAGGUAGUAUGAAACAAGCAGAUCUAGAAUUAGGUUUUGAAAUAUUUGAUGAAGAUAGUAUGAUAGAUUUUCCUAACCACAUCAAUCGUCAGUCUCGUGGAAGUAUAAAUUCCCUUGAUUUACCAAAUAUAUAUAAUAGUAGGGAGUCAUUUUCAUGUUCAAAUGGAAGGGAAUCUGGAGUUCGUUUAUCAGUUCUUGACACAGGAUCAAGAAGCUUGUCGGUUGACAGUUCCCCAUUUCACCUUGAUUUAGAUGAUACUAGAUUAAGGCACAGGAAUUUAUCAAUCGAAAGUGAUAUGCCAGGAAUAGAUGAAAAUCGUACAAGUACCUGGAGUAGAAGUGGAUUGACAACAAGUAGUGGUACUUACAACUUAAAAACAUAUACUGUCCAGAAAUUCAUAUCAGUAAAACUUAAGGAAGUUAAACAAUUAAAUGAAAUAAAUAAUGGAGAAUUUCAGAGGGAUGAAGAAAUAACUUCAGUAUGUUUUAAAGAAUUGCUACCAUAUCAGGUGACAUCUAGAAAUACUGCUGCUACAUUUUUUUAUCACAUAUUAGUCCUAGCUUCUUACAACGAGUUAAAAUUAUUCCAAAAAUCUCCAGGUUCUGAUAUAGAAAUAAGUAGACCUACAUCCUUCAUUAAUGAAGAUUCCUAA